AUGACUUCUUUACCUCAACUCUAUUUUUACCUUGUAUUACAUGCAAUAUUUGUAGGGUCAAGUUUAGGUUGGCAGUUUCCAAGCCUGCAAAGAAGAAGGCAAGCAGGCAAGAUCUCUUCGCCAGCAGAAAGUAGCAGGACGAGCAUCAGGAUUGCGCCGACUGCGUUUGAUGAUUGGUGUACUUCCAUUGGAAUUGAAAAACAAAAGCUAGAGCAUACAUGUAAAGAAGGUAUCCCUGGUAUCAGCGUACGCUCCACGUCGAGUCUGGCAUCAGGAGAAUGCGCCAUUGUUUUGCCAGUGGAAGCGGCAAUCGUCGUUCUGCAUGAUGACGAUGCCGACAACAACAAUGUUGUUAUUAGUCCAAUCCCAGACCUACUCUGCGACAAAGCAUGGAAUCAAGCCCAUCAGAAAUUGAAGCUCGCCUGUAUACUACUCAGUGAACAUAAAAAGGGCGAAGCAUCUACCUACAAAGGCUACAUUGAUCAUUUGCCACCAAUCUCGGGUCCAGGGAGGGCAAGAUGUGAUACACUGGACAGGUGGACCCAGGCGCAGCUUACAGCACUCCAAUCACCAGGACUUGUGGAAAUAAUAGUAAAGCGUGCGGAAAUGGAUGUGGAAUGGUUUGAAAGCUUGCAAUCCGAUUCUGACGUUUCCAGAGAACAAUUCGAUUGGGCGUUGGACAUUGUGCGAACCAGGGCGUUUGCAGGAGAUUAUUCGGUUCCGAAUAAUGGUGAAGGUAACGAUAUCGCGCUUCUACCGGUGGUCGAUGAUUUGAACCACCAAGAAACGAGCUUGAGCUACGACAUUGACCCUGAAUCAUCAUCGCUAUCACAAUCGCCGGGACAAACAAAAAUCAAUUUCCCCCCCGUAGCGCAUGUGUUGGGCCGAACAAGCACAGCCAUUUGUUGGGUUGCCCAUGAAAUCCAUGAGUCAAAUUCAGAGGUUGCCCAUUCUUAUCUUCAUGGUGUAAAGAGUAUAGGGGAAGACUUCUUGAUUGAGUGGGGAUUCAUCCCAAGCAUUUUGGACGCCAAUAUAAUUACGGUCCAAGGGGUCCCCAUCCUUACCCGUGGCGAUGGACGUAUCGAGAACGAGUCGACCGCAUUAGAGACUAUCCGCAAGGCCAUUGAAAUCUCCGAGCCAGUGGCCUUUAGCACUGACAAUCGACCGUCGGACGGUGACGUCUGGCGAUGUAUAGCUGAUGCAUGUGACAAAGAAGCCGAUUCACUUCGAUUCGAUUCUCAUGAUGCUGGGGGUACACUGCUAGUCCUUCCAACAUCUGAAGAUGAUGAUGACGAUAGCCUUGCACGACGACGACAUGCCAUCACCGAAUCGUUUUUGCAAGGAAAGACGAAAUUGCUCCGAAAUGCAUCCAAGUGGGCUCGGCAUCAAGAACAAAUGUGCCAGAAAGCUCUUUCCUAG